CCGUGAAGGCAGCACUAGUCCUGCUGUAUUUCCUGGAGGGCGGAGCUUCACACCGAGGAGGGAACGCAGAGCGCCGCCGCCGCUGCUACCGGCUAACGACAGAACCGGGUUUCAGUGCCAUUACAGGAAGCGACCCGGUCCAACUAAAUGCCUCUAUGAUCCACCGGACCUUCCAACAGCAAACGCAGCGUUCCGUUCAGAGGUGAGACAUGGCUGAACAGAACUCCGCUCGCCCCCAAAGGAAGAUGUCCACCUCUGGGGAGAGCAUAUACAAGGUUCUGGGUCUGGAGAAAGGAGCGUCAGCAGAGGACAUCAAGAAGGCCUACAGGAAACUGGCGCUCAGGUACCACCCGGACAAGAACCCGGACAACCCCGAGGCGGCGGAGAAGUUCAAGGAGAUCAACAACGCCAACUCCAUCCUGAACGACGAGAACAAGAGGAGGGUGUACGACGAGUACGGCUCCAUGGGGCUGUACGUGUCCGAGCAGUUCGGAGAGGACAGCGUCAAGUACUACGUCCUCAUGUCCAAGUGGUGGUUCAAGAGCCUGAUGCUGUGCUGCACCAUCUUCACCUGCUGCUGCUGUUGCUGCUGCUGCUGUUUCUGCUGCGGGAAGUGCAAAUCCGCCGACGACGAGGAGAACUACCAGUACGUGGAUCCUGAGGACCUGGAGGCCCAGAUCAAAGCGGAGCAGGACGGAGGUACCCCCGUAAUCAUAAUCCAGCCUGCAUCUAAUCUGGGUCCCGAGACCCCCGAGGACCAGGGCGGGGCCGCCCCCCUGCCCAUGCCUGCGCCCGAGCCCCCACAGCCGGGGAGGGACAGUCCGGGGGCCGGGGGCAACCACGGCGGCUUCUGAAGCACUCGAGGAAAAUGACGGCGGAUCAGGAAUCAGCAGACGUCUGCAGGAAGCCCCCCCACCAGCCCAAAGUCACCAGCUCUCAUCCUAACCCCCCCACCUGAAGAUCACCUGUUAAGGUGCGCCAAAUGACUCCUCCCCUUUCUACAGAAUGCCCCCCCCAGCCAUACAGCUUCAGGAUUGCUCCGCCCCCCAGUCUGACAGAUGUUCCAGCAAGGAGGGCGGAGCCAAAGCCAGUGACAUCAUCAUCCAGACAGAGACUGGCCCCCCGAACGGAUCCUCCUGCAGACCGCGGUUCCCCGCCCGACGCCAAAGGUUCCGCUGCACUGGAGAGGCGGGACACUUCCGACCGCACGACCCCCCCUCGCCCCCCCGCCGGUCCACCUGAGAACUUGGUGUUUCUGUUUGAAUGAACGCGGCGCUUGUUCUAAUCUGAGGGAUCAUUCCUGAUGCCCCGCCCACCAGCAGAACCGCGCUUCUGUCAGCAGCUUGAGCCGGGUUCUGCAGCGGGAACGUCCUGAUCUGGACAGACGGGACGGUCCGUCCGGGUCGGGUUCUGCUGGGCUCUGGCUGUGGAGGGGUCUGCAGACGGUCCGUCCUGUCUGCGCAGACCCUGACGUUCUCUGUUCUCCAUCAGCCGCUGGACUGGUACCGGUGCCCGGACCCGCCAUCAGAACCUUUCGUCCCGUGGUUCUGCCUCUGAGCCAGCCGUGGGGGGGGUCAUAUUUAUUUUUAUGGUUGAUCAAAGCUUCGCUCGCUGUAAUUUUGUCUUUUUUAUUUAUGUCGGAUGAACUCGGGAUGGGGGCGCGUUGGAACCGCUGACUCGGCUCUGCAUGUGCACGGCGCUCGACUGUUCCAGAACCCCCUGCUCCUGGGUCGGGUCGACCCGCGGCGUUGGUGUUGAUGGGGGUUCUGCUGUGGACGACGUGUCAACCAGAACCAAAUAAACGGAUGAUUUUGUA